UUCCCCCCUUUUGUCCAUUCCCCCCUUCUCCUCUCCUUCCACCGCUUGCCGAGUCCUUUCCUUAAAGGAAAAAAAUAUUAGGAAAAAAAGGGAACUUGGCCGACACCGCUUCUCUGUCGGAAGCAAGCAUAUGAAUCGCCUGCGCUGUCAUCACAGGCAGCAACGGGUAGCGGUGGGAGGAGAGAAAAGGUUGUGGGAUCAAGGGAAGAGACGAGGCCUCCUUCCCGUUUCUUCAUUGGAAUGGGUCGCACCGCGGUGGCAUUGACGGCUCUGUUCGAUCUGGUCGUUCUGCUCCUCCUCCCCGCCGCUGUGGUGGUGGAAUCAGCCACCGAUUCGUUGGAUGUUCAAGCUCUCGGCGUGUUGUAUGCUUCUUUGAAUAGCCCUUCGCAGCUUUCUGGGUGGACGCCGAGCGGCGGUGAUCCGUGUGGCGACUCGUGGAAGGGGGUUUCUUGCUCUGGUUCAUCCGUCACUGCCGUCCAGCUGUCGGGAUUAGGGCUCAAUGGUUCCCUGGGCUACCUCCUUUCAGAUCUCUUGUCCUUGAAAACACUGGACUUGAGCAACAACGACAUACGUGAGACCAUUCCAUAUCAAUUACCGCCAAACCUAACCUAUCUGAACCUUGCUGGCAAUAAUCUUUCUGGGAACCUCCCAUACUCUAUAUCUGCCAUGGCUUCACUCAAUUAUCUAAAUCUCAGCCACAACUUACUAUCUCAAGCAGUUGGUGAUAUCUUCAGAAAUCUUCAGGAUCUCUCUGAAUUGGAUUUGUCUUUCAACAACUUUACUGGUGAUCUUCCAAACUCUUUUGGCUCUCUGUCAAACCUUUUGAGUCUUUACUUGCAAAACAAUCAAUUGACUGGCCCAGUAAAUGUUCUUUCAAAUCUGAGCCUAUCUAAUCUAAAUAUUGCAAAUAACCAGUUCAACGGCUGGAUACCUCAGGAGUUCAGUUCAAUUUCAGAUCUUGAGAUUGGAGGUAAUUUCUUUUCUAACAGUCUGGCUCCACAUCCACCACCAUACAUGCCUCCACCUCCAAGUAGACAGCACAGUACUCAUAACAACACUCAGGAAUCUCCAAAUACACCACAGGGGUCUGAGGGUAAAUCAAUUUCUCCAGAUAAUGCAAGCAACAAGAAAAAAUUGACUACAGGUCCACUGAUAGGAAUAGUUUUAGGCUCAACACUUGGUGCAUUAUGCAUCACACUAGCUGUAAUAUUAUUACUUCGCAAUGUCCCAAAGGGCAAAGAUCAUAGUAUAAAUAGCAGGAAUGAUACUGGAAGGUCUGCUGUUGGUGGUGCAGAUAAAGCGAAUGAGAAAGAGAUGCAAGAGCUGAGAGUGAAAAGUUCUUCUGCAACAACUCCAGUACCUCCUAGUGACACAGUGAUAAUUGAAAAGUUACAUGGCAAGAAUGUGCCUGUAAAACGACCAAAAAUCCCUAUAACUGCAACAUCAUAUACUGUUGCUUCUCUUCAGGUUGCAACAAAUAGCUUUAGCCAGGAUUGCCUUGUUGGCGAAGGUUCCCUUGGUCGGGUUUAUCGAGCAGAGUUUCCAAAUGGAAAGGUUUUGGCUGUUAAAAAGAUUGACAGUGCAGCAAUAUCCUUACAAGAGGAGGAUAAUUUUCUUGAGGCUGUUUCAAAUAUGUCAAGACUUCGGCAUCCAAACAUUGUUCCACUUUCAGGCUACUGUGUUGAACAUGGACAGCGGAUUUUGGUUCACGAGUAUAUUGGAAAUGGAACUCUACAUGAUAUGUUGCACUUUGCUGAUUAUAGUAGCAAGAGGCUAUCAUGGAAUGCACGUGUGAGAGUGGCACUUGGCACUGCUAGGGCUCUAGAGUACCUCCAUGAAGUUUGCCUGCCUUCUGUAGUACACAAAAACUUCAAGUCCACCAAUAUUCUACUUGAUGAAGAGCUUAAUCCUCACUUAUCAGACUGUGGCUUAGCUGCAUUAACACCAAACACAGAGAGACAGGUUUCAACGGAGGUAGUUGGCUCCUUUGGUUACAGUGCUCCAGAAUUUGCAAUGUCUGGAGUGUAUACUAUAAAGAGUGAUGUUUAUAGUUUUGGAGUAGUGAUGUUAGAGCUGCUGACUGGUCGGAAGCCACUGGAUAGUUCUAGAGUGAGAUCAGAGCAGUCCCUUGUCAGAUGGGCGACUCCUCAACUCCAUGAUAUUGAUGCAUUAUCUAAGAUGGUUGAUACAUCAUUGAAUGGAAUGUACCCUGCAAAAUCUCUUUCACGUUUUGCUGACAUAAUUGCUCUAUGUGUUCAGCCGGAGCCAGAAUUUCGACCGCCAAUGUCUGAAGUCGUCCAACAACUGGUUCGGUUGGUGCAAAGGGCAAGUGCAGUCAAGAGGCGCUCAGGAGAUGAGCUCGGAUUUUCAUACAGGGUGCCCGAGCAGGACUCCAGUAUGACAGACAUAUCCUUCUAAAUGGAAGAUUCAUUCUUGCGAACAUGUAGUUCCUUGAGAACAUUGAGAGGCCAAGCAUAUAAAGCAAAAUGCUGUUCUGCAACCAUACCAUCUUAUGGUUGCAGAUGAUACACCCAAAAGCGCAGUGGUUCAUGAGCAUCUGAGGAAAUGGAAGAAUAAUCUCAUUUUGAUCUCCAUUUUUAUGCUGAAGAAAAUUUUCGCUUGCGGCUAAUCUUCAGUUCAUGCUGGAUCUAUGACCCUAUAUGCCCUUGUAUAUGUAUUAUAGCAUAAUGCAUUCAUUUAUUGACAAAAAAAAAAGAACUUCCAGAAUUUAAUGUACUCAUUUCGAUGACUGUUCAAAUGCAUAGAAGAGAGAACUUUUGUAUUCUA